AGAGAGAGAGAGACAGAAAGAGAGCGCGCGCUGAAGGAGAGUUGAGAGAGUCUGCGCAGAGUGAAAGAGGCGUCUUAGGGGACACGGAGGAGCUAUACCACUUUAUAUUCUGACAACUCCAUUCUGUGAAAUGCUUUGACAGUGACAAGACUUAACGGAAGUGUCUUCACACCAUUCUCUUUAACCCUCUCGGUCUGACGUGAUUCAGUGGGUGCGUGUCACUCUGCUGUGUUAAGCCAUACAGUAGGUGCUCGCUGACUUUGUCUGGGCAUUUUGUUCAGAAGAAGGCAGUGCCAACCCCCCUUUCAAGAUGCAUAUGAAUAGCUUAUUAAACCAGUGGACGGAGAUCUCCAGGAUGUGUGAAGUAGACGUGAGCUCCGAGCCCAGCAGCCCUGCUCUGUACGGGGAGUCGUCUGACACCUACUACCAGGUGGACCGCUGGCAGAAGCUCCGCACCGCCGUCCGCAAGCUCGAGUUCUGGGAGAACUUCACCGCAGAGCUCAUCGGAAGUGGCUUCUUCUCCAAAGUUUACAAGGUCAUGCACAACACCACCCGUAAGGUGAUGGUGGUGAAGAUCUACAAGAACGACGUGGACCAGGACAGCAUCGUGCGAGAGAUCAGCCUGCUGCAGAAGCUCUCCCAUCCCAACAUCGUCAGGUAUCUCGGGAUCUGUGUCAGAGAAGAUAAACUCUACCCGAUUCUGGAGUACGUGAGCGGAGGCUGUCUGGAGGAGCUGCUGGCCCGCAAGGACGUGCCGCUGUGCUGGAGGGAGAAGGUGGACCUGGCCGCGGACAUCACCCGGGGCAUGAUCUACCUGCACUACAAGAACAUCUACCACAGAGACCUCAACUCAAAGAACUGCCUUAUCCGAGUGACAGCUCGAGGCAGGGAGGCCUUGGUUACAGACUUUGGCCUGGCCAGGGAAGUGGUGGAACUUCCUGCCAAGGACAGGAAGUUGUCAUUGGUGGGCUCUGCCUUCUGGAUGGCGCCCGAGAUGUUGCGCGGAGAACCAUACGACCGCAAGGUGGAUGUUUUCUCCUUUGGGAUUGUGCUGUGUGAGAUCCUGGCAAGAAUCCCAGCGGACCCUGAAAUCCUUCCCAGAACACAAGAUUAUGGCCUGGACAUAUCAGCGUUCCGGAAGCUGGCGAGCGGAUGCCCCCAGCGUGUUCUAGAGCUGGCUGCCAGCUGUUGUCUGCUGGAGUCUUUCCGGAGGCCGUCGUUCACGGAGGUCCUGGACGAGUUAGGGGAGAUCGCCGAGACUCUGGAGCCCCCUCACGAGCUGACCACAGGCUGAAGGGGCGUGACCGGGGGGUGCCAGAGGUGGCAUCCAUCCUAAAGAUGGACUGUAGUGGACUCAGAUGCUGACAAGUUCCCCCCUCUAGACACAAGCGCCACGUAGAGGACGAGCUGCACCACACAUACGGAGGCAGACACACACGAGGCUGGUGUUGAGGAUCCACCAGAGGGACUGAAGAGCUGGUGGACCUGCCCUGCCUUGCCCUGCACCUCACAGUCACUAACUAGUGUUGUUGGGAUGCGGUCAACAGCACCCCCUAGAGGUAGUCAUCUGAAGUCAGCAUGAAGAGAAAAGUGAACAGUGAGAGCAAGAUUUGGAGCAGAGACGUGUAUGAUUCUUACUUCUCUUUCGUCUUGUUUGUGUAAACUUACACUGGUGAAGAACAUCUUAUUUCUGUAUAUUAGUUUAAUUUCUUUUUUAUUGUCGUGAUUAACCACAGAAUAACAUAUAAGUAGAUAUCAAAAAAGACGACUACACAAUUUUGGAUCACCUAUGAAUCGAUCGAUCUAUGGAAUUACGGGUCUUGACAGAAUCAUCCUGUAAUACGGCGUGGGUGCGUGUGUGUGUGUGCUAUUUAGUGAGUGAGUCUGUGUCCGAGUGUGUUUGUAGAUGUGUGUGUGUGUGUGUGUCUGUGCACCUGUGUGAGUGUGUACGUCAGUGUUUUAAUAUGAUAUAUUAUAUCUCGAUAUUAUAUUUAUUUUGAAAGAAGAUUUCUUCAUGACCACAAUGUUACAGCUUUAUUUUAAGAACUUGUUUUUAUCAAGACUGAUGUAGAGGAACUCCAUAGCCAAUCCAUGUAUAUUGAUUUGUUUAGAAAAGUCAAGAAUUUUUACGUGUUUUGAUGAUUUGGUGAUAUUCAUGUUCACUCUUACAGCAGGUACAGUGGACAAACUGUAAGCGAACAUGUUAUGUCAGAUUCAACUCGCUUUAAAAAAUUGGCACACACACACACACACACACACACACACACACACACACACACACACACACACACACACACACACAUCCUCUGUACAACAAUAUUUCUACAACCAUAGGAGUAGAUGGGUGGCUCCAGCCAUCUUAUUGCGUAAUCUUAUUCCCUCCGGUUUAGAUAGUCCUCUGACAGUUGUGCCUUUUUAAAUAUGUAAACACCAGCAAGCUUCACUCUCGACACUGUCAUAGGUCACUGUGUAAGGGUCAGUUAUGAGACUGGUCAUUAUCCUGUUCUUAUAUCAUAUUACAGUUUUGGUGCAUCAUGUACCUUGCACUCUUUUAGACUGAACUGAGUGUUUUUUUUAAUAAGGAUGAGAUCAUUUGUGAACAUUAUUGAAUGGAAAUGGAGUCAGUCUAAUAUGUGUUACAUGCAACGUUGUUCUGUGCAAAUUUCAUACUGUUACACAUGGAUAAUGAGGAACCACUGGUGCUCAUUAUACGUAGGCUACUGUGUAGACAUCUGCCUUACUCUUUAAAAAACAAACCAGAAUCGCUUUGCGUUUGGCAGUGUGUACAUAGCCCACAGUUGUUUAUUAAACACAAGGGAAUAAACAAAUCUGCUAAAACCGCUGACUUCUUUUACCUCUGCUAAACGCCCCUUUUCUGUAAGAAUCAAUAUUUCACAAGACCAGAGGCUCUACAAGUUCUCUUUCAGUCCUUUUCAUAAAGGUUACUGUAUAUUCAUAAUCAUAACCCUACAUUAUCUGGACUUUGAAAGUAGGUAGCCUACUUACGAGAGAAGUCCAGGGGCCGUAACACUUAUCUCUUGUAGUUCACCUAAUAAUCUGCUUGUUUUGGAGGAGUUGGUGAGUACUUAGGCUUUUAAAGCAAUCUGCUUUGCAGUUUCUAGUUCUGUUGUUUCAAAAUGAUUUAGUAGAGAUUGACAUGUCACAAUACACAUCUUCACCUGUGUUGUCUUACUAAAUAUCUACUGUUUAUGCUUCAAAACACUUGUGUUUUAGAUGUUUCUUUUGUUUAUUUAAGGUUUGUUUAGUUAUCUGUGACUGUGGUUUUUUAUAUGUAAAUAAACAUUGUAUUAAAGUA